UUUAAUAUAAUGUUGGCCAAUUCGAACUUGUUAAUUCAAUAACAAUUGCUACUGACAAUUGUCUGUCACAAUCUUUUCAGCAUGAAGAUAGAGAUUCAUCCAUUGACAGACAAUCCUACAGCAGCCUGGUGUGAAUUGUCAAAGGAGCAAAAAGUUAUUACAAUAAAUGCUAAACUUCCUACGACCGAAGCUCCAAAUGAUAAGCUUCGUGUUGUUUGUAUGAGUGACACUCAUUCCUUAACCCCAUUCAUAAAAUUUGAUGUACCUAUGGGAGAUGUCUUUAUUCAUGCAGGAGACUUUACAAAAUGUGGUAGUUUACAAGAAGUUAUAGAGUUCAAUAAUUGGAUCGGUAAUUUGCCACAUAAAAAUAAAAUUGUUAUUGCUGGUAAUCAUGAACUUAGCUUUGAUUCAACGUUCACUCAUCCGUUCACCAUGCACAACAGUGGAGAACGUCAGAAGCACACAGGGACCAGUAUUUUGGAUAACAUACCCACAUUGGGUAUGUCUAAGGACACAUUGGCAGAAGCCAUUCAGACUACUAAUGUUAAAAAUUAUUUGACAAAUUGUACUUAUUUAGAAGAUUCUGCAAUUACAAUACAUGGUAUAAAAAUAUAUGGCACUCCAUGGCAACCAGAAUUUUGUAAAUGGGCAUUUAAUGUUCCCCGUGGAGAAGCCUGCCUUUCAAAGUGGGAAAUGAUACCAUCAGAUACAGACAUUCUUAUAACACACACCCCUCCUGUAGGACAUGGAGACUUGUGCUGUAGUGGUGUACGAGCUGGAUGUGUAGAACUGUUGUCUACAGUACAAAAUCGAGUUAAACCGAAAUAUCAUGUCUUUGGUCACAUACACGAAGGAUAUGGUAUUUCAUCAGAUGGGAAGAUAAUAUACAUAAAUGCAUCAACAUGUGAUCUAAAUUAUUUGCCAAGUAAUCCACCAGUAGUCUUUGACAUAACACUACCAUCUGGUGUUUGUAAAUCAUAAAAAGUAACGAGUGUAGUAAUAAACUUCAU